AUGGCUUCACCUCAAAGCCGCAUCACCGAAUUAGCGGCCACCGUUGCUACCCACACCGCUCGAAUCGACAGCUAUCUAGCCGAGCACAGUCUGCCGUUCCCAUCCUUCGAAAGCGAUGGCCCGAUCUCCCUGGGUCUACCCCGAGAGCUGGAAGAAUCUCGAAGCGCAGCGCUCCGGGCCAGUCAGGAACUCGAUGAUCUCCUCCAGGGACCGAGGGAUCUCAUUUUCAACCACCAUCACAACCAACUACUCUAUCUGAAGUUCAUCUCGCGCUUCGACCUUGGCAACAAAGUGCCGCUGGACGGCGAGAUCACGUAUACCGAGCUAGCGGACACCAUCGGCGUCGACCCCGGUGCGGUCCGUCGUAUCGUCCGCCUCGCCAUUGCCUAUCGCAUCUUCCGCGACCCCCGCCCCGGCGUCGUCGCCCACAGCGCGGCGUCGCGGCUACUCGCCGAGGACGGGCACAUAGCAGACUAG